AUGCGAUGCUUGCUAUGUGUAAGCAAAUCAAGGUAAGGCAUUUGGAGUGCACCUCAUGUUCUAGCAUCAAGUGAAAUAGGGCUGGCUGGGCUGCUUGACUUAAAUUGACAUUUAUAUUAACAUGAUUUGCAGUCUGCAAUUCAGAAGGAACAAAAGAAGACUAGGGAGGCAUUUCAGUAGCUCAACUUCACUUUCAAGCGUCUCCAAGACUUUGCUCAUUUACGGACAAAUGGCAGGUUUCAUCCAGAUGCACCACAAGGCAACUAUGACAAUCUUCCUCACAAGAUUCUUUUCAAUAUCAGUAACAUCUCCCAACUCUACAUCCUCUGCCUGAUCAAACUGCUCAUAAAUCCAUGUUGGAAAGUAUAUCUGAGUAAGUGUACCUAAUAGGCAUGAAAUUAUUUUGUUUUUGUAGGAACUCUUCAAUUAUGUCAUCCACAGACAGAUGCCUCCUCUGAAGUUUGCAUACAACUAUCACAAGCAAGAUGGAUAUCCCUUACAGGCAACAGAGCUCCAGUGAAAAUAAUUGCUCAUUCUCAAGAAAAGAGACAGACACAGAUCAAUAUCUACAAAGUGUAUCUUUUGACAUUAGAAGUUGAAAAGGAACUGCAUCAGAUGUGAAAAAUAGAUCUACCAUGGGAUGUUAUUAGAUUUUUAUGACUAACUUUAUUCUAGAUCAUCAGAAAAGUUGUGUUCUCGGAAUCAAUGAUGUUUUGGAAACCUAACUGUAUUCUACAGUGCACAACUAAGACACAAACUUUAGUUACAUUUUUCAUAAUAAAUCACUCCUAAUUAA